CGACGAGCUGUAACCAUUGUCAACGACACGGGCGCUGUUCCUUGGAAAGAGCUCUCUUUGGGCGAGAAGGCCGCCCGCACCACGCAGCAAUCCUUCAACCUGGGCAUCGUCUUACUCGGCGUGGGACUCACUGGCGCCGUAGCUACCGUCCUCUGGCUCGAAGUCUUCUCCACGGACAGCAAGACCGCCUACUUCAACCGCGCUGCCGACCGAAUACGCGCCGAUGCACAGUGCAGGAAACUGUUGACGGGCGAUGAGAGGGCGAGCAAGAGAGACAUCGAAGCACAUGGCGAGCCGAGCUGGAGUCGAUGGGCGAGGAAUCGGGUCAUUGCCAGUCGGCUGGAAACUGAUCGGGCUGGCGUGGAGCAUUUGCACAUGCAUUUCUACGUCUCAGGGAAGCAAGCAAAUGGCACAGUGCAACUGCACAUGUCGAGACGACCGGGCGAAGACUUCCAAUACCAGCUGCUCGCACUGGACGUACCGGGAGAACAGAGAGUCUACUUGGAGAACGCCAGUGCGCUGCAGCAAGCAAAGGCCGGCAAACUCUUUGGCAUCAACUGGAACAGGUAG